AUGAAUAAAGGAGCAUUACAUCCAGAAGUUAAGAAAUGGAAAGCUCCUAAAGGUCCCAAACCUAUCCAACAUAAGAAUAAAAAUUCUAUUGGUUUAGGUAGAUCUAUAGCUAAUCAACGUCGUCAAGAAAAUGAAAUCGAAUUCUUACCUGAUGGAGAGAUGAGAUUCACUACUGAUAAAAGAGAAGCUGGUUGGGUCAAACUUAGAUCAGUUACUCAAGAAUCUGCUUUAGAUGAAUUCUUAAGUACUGCCCAAUUAGCUGAUACCGAUUUCACUGCCGAUAAGAAUAAUCAAAUUAAAAUCAUUAAAGUUGGUAAUACUUCAAUUGUUAGUCAAAAUGGAUUAUUAAGCCCAGAAGAAAUGGAAAAGAUAAGAAUUAAACAUAAGCUUUUCGAAAAUAAAUUGAACAUCCCUAGAAGACCACAAUGGAAUAAGAAUCAACUGAAGAUGGAAAUUGAAAGACAAGAAAAUUUAUCCUUUUUAGAUUGGAGAAGAGACAUUGCUCAGUUAACAGAAAAUAAUGAUUUGAUUUUAACUCCGUUUGAAAGAAAUUUAGAAGUUUGGAGACAAUUAUGGAGAGUUGUCGAAAGAUCAGAUUUAGUUGUUCAAAUUGUUGAUGCAAGAAAUCCGUUGUUCUUCAGAUCAGUUGAUUUAGUUACUUAUGUUGAUGAAUUAAGUGAUCCAGAAAAUAACCAACAGAAGAAUAAUUUAUUAUUAGUCAAUAAAGCCGAUUUAUUAACUUCCAAGCAAAGAUUAGCUUGGGCUAAAUACUUUAUUGAUAAGAAGAUUAACUUCGUGUUCUUUUCAGCUGCUAGAGCUAAUCAAAUUUUAGAAGAAGAUUUACCUGAAGAAGAUAAACCUAAAAAGAGAGAUGAACAUCAUGUUGGGGAAUUUUCUGAUGAUUUAGAAGUUGAAGUUGAAGAAGAAUUAAAAGACCAGGUAAAGAUUUUGACUAUCGAUGAAUUAGAAGAUUUAUUUAUUAAACAUUCACCUAAAUUAGAAUUCGAUCCUGAAUUCCCUGACAGAAAAUUACAAAUUGGUCUUGUUGGUUAUCCAAAUGUUGGUAAAUCAUCAACUAUUAAUGCCUUAGUUGGAUCCAAGAAAGUUUCAGUUUCAGCAACCCCUGGUAAAACCAAACAUUUCCAAACAAUCCAUUUAUCACCAUCAAUUUUACUUUGUGAUUGUCCUGGUUUGGUUUUCCCAAAUUUCGCUUAUACUAAUGGAGAAUUAGUAUGUAAUGGUGUUUUGCCAAUUGAUCAAUUAAGAGAACAUAUUCCUCCAACUUCAUUGGUUUGUCAAAGAGUACCUAAAUAUUAUCUUGAAGCUGUUUAUGGUAUUCAUAUCCAAAUUAGAAAGAAAGAAGAUGGUGGUAAUGGACAAUAUCCAACAGCUGCAGAAUUAUUGAAUGCUUAUGCUAGAUCCAGAGGUUAUAUGACUCAAGGUUUUGGUUCUGCUGAUGAACCAAGAGCCUCAAGAUAUAUUUUGAAAGAUUAUAUCAAUGGUAAAUUAUUAUUUAUCAAUCCACCUCCAAAUAAAUUACCUAAUGGAGAAUACACUUUAGCCACUGUUGAUGAACAAAGAGAGUUUAAUAAAGAAUUAUACACUUUGGAAACAUUACCCGAAUCAAGAAAGAAUCAAAUUUUACAAUCAAUGAAAGACAAAAAUUUCCAAAUCGAUGAAUUUGAUUUAUCCAAAGAUUUAUCUAAAUUGAAUUUCUCUAUGCAUGCUGGUGAAUCGGAUAGUCAUUUAUAUGGUGGUAAACAAGCAAGAUUAGAAAGUUUAGGUGAUGAUUUAGAUAAUGAAUUCUUUCAAAUGAAUAAUAUUACAGGUACUAUAAAUAAGCCUUUCCAUCAAGUUAAUCAUGAUAAUAGUAAAAAACAUAAUAAGAAGAAUAAAAAAGCUGCAAAAAAGGUGAGAGUUGUAACUUAUUAG